AUGAACUCCUACGCUUCAAGACUUGCCUCAUUCACGUCAUGGCCACACGUGUGUCCAAGUGCCUCUACCGUAGCCCGUGCUGGCUUUCAUCGAGAAUACGACCCUACUUUUCCAUCUCCGGAUCUCACUCAAAAGAAGAAGCACCGGAAUCAGAAGACUCGCCAGCAACAUAAGAGGUCUCUACAAGCCGUCAAGUCAGUCACUCAGCCAGCCACUCAGCCAGAGCACUCAGUUAAGCAAGAGGAGGAACAAUACACUGCGGAGAACAUUGCGGAGGAACCACUGCAGCAGGCACAUACGGAGAACACUGCGGAGAAACCAAGCGACAACAAGGCCAUCAUCACCAAGAACACGGCUCAGCUCUCCAAGAUCCAACGUCAUAUACUGUCCACGCUCCCACGUCAAAUCUUCACUCAGCAAGCGGAGAACACCACUGCAACUUGGCCUGUCAUCCCCGCUACAUUCUUAUGGCACACUAUCACUGAGUUGAGCAUACAAGAGAAGGAUCUACUACGACGGUCACAGCCAAAUCACUAUGACCAAUUGGGCCACUGCAGGAGGAAGAUCGGACGAUUCAUAAUUGGACGAAUUGAAACCGUCCGAUGUCUUGUUUCGACAGCCAUUUCAUUAGUCGAAAGGUUCCACUACGGCAGGAGAUUUUGUGAGAUCCACACCACUAAUUAG